AGCUGCAUCAUCGUUUUCAUCGACCAUUGUCUCAUCUCAUACCCUCAAGUCUCUCUCAGCAGGAGAAAAUGGCGACUCCAAUGGCGGGAAACGAACGAAGUUGCUAAAUAUUGAGGAUCGCUGCUGUAGUUCCUCCCUAUCCCAUCCAGACAGUAAUCCCGUUAAAUGCUACUAAUUUAUUUGCCCUGACGAAGAUUAUUAAGUAAUCUGAGACUGAGAAUCAAGUAGCUGAAAUUCGAAUUAACUUUCCUGCACAUAUUUGUACGGUAGAUUCCGAUUUAAAAUGGCGGUGGACUCUGGUGCGGUUGAGGAGCCUACUGUCUCAGGGAAGGAGACGGUAGCCAACCCCCGUCAGAAUGGGGAAAGCGAGUCCCAAGGUCAGGACAGUGCUGUUCCACCUCCUAGGAAACGGAAUACUGCUCUCGGGAUUCGGAAGGUAGGGAGUCGGAUUUAUGAUCCCGUCAAUGGGAAGACUUGCCAUCAGUGUCGGCAAAAGACCCGGGAUCUUGUGGCAGCAUGCAAGUUUCAAAGGAUUAACAAACCAUGUCCUAUUAUGUAUUGUCACAAGUGUCUCUGGAACAGAUAUGGCGAGAGGGCUGAAGAAGUAGCAAGUUUAGAGCAGUGGACUUGUCCCAAAUGCAGGGGCAUUUGCAACUGUAGCUUUUGCAUGAAAAAAAGAGGUGAUGAUCCCACUGGUAUUGCUGCCAAGGAGGCAAAAGCUAGCGGAUUUUCCUCUGUCGCUGAAAUGCUACUUAAAACAACGGCCGAAGAGAGAGCUGCUAAAAAGGCUGGUUCGUCCAGAGAGCCAGGAAAGGUUUCUACCUCCAGUGAAAAGAAGUCAAAUAAUCCUAAUCCUCGUCACAAAAGAAAACUAGAUUGUGGUACAAAAUGUGAACCUGAACCUGAAGGGAAUGGUGCAUGUGACCUUCCCUUACCAGAGGGAGAAGCAGUGAGCAGUGUGGGUGGAGUUGAUUUACCCACAGAAGAUGCCGGGAAUGCCAUUCAGUUCAUGGAAUUUUGUGCUACUUUUGGUGAGGUCUUUGAUAUUAAAGAGGACCAAGCAAAACUUAUUCUUCAAGAUAUCUAUAACGUGAGAACUGGACGCAAACGAAAAAUUUCUCCGAAUGUCCAGUUCCAUAUUAAUCUCCUCUGUCAUUUACUGGAGCAUCAGGGGGAAGAAUAUGUAGAACUCAGACCAUCAAAUAGGAAGAACUCAUGGUUUGAUGCGCUCAAGAAAUGCUUGUCUGGAUCCCAAAGUGUUCUUAAAGCACAGGGAGUUAAUUCUCUUGAGAAUAGAGAUGUUUAUGAUACUUUCACUGCUUCGGAGAAGCUUAGGCUUUUAAACAUUCUCUGCGAUGAAGCCCUUGUAACUGAAAAUGUGAGAAGUCAGAUGGAAGACAAUAAUGCAAAACUUGUCAGCAAGGUCAAGGAAGCUAAACGAAAAGUUAAUGCUGCAAUAGAUAAGGAGAAGCAGUUGAAGAGGAAAAUGAAAGAUGAUAUUGCCCAAGCAGUUUCUGCCAAGGAGGGUGCCUCGCUUUCAAGUUCUGAGCAUGAAGCCCUUGUUAUUGGCAUCAAAGGUGAGAUAGAGCAGGCUCGGGCGGAGGUCCUUCAGUCAAAGGCCGUGCUUCCAAAGAAAUCUAAGAUUUCCGAUGCUGUAAGAACAGAGCCAAUACUGGUUGGAUCUGGUGGCCAUGUGUAUUGGAAAUUGAACUGUUUAGGGGAUUCAGAAGUGCUCCAUCAAAAUAUUGGAAAUGGGGAUUCCCUUUCCUUAGACGAGAAAUGGUUCACCAUUAAUGAUGAAGGGAAAGAAGUCGUUGAAAAGCACAUUGCUUAUGCAAGCAGCAGCAGCAGCAAGCAAAGAAGAUCAAGGAGGAAUCUGAAGAGGAAGGAUGCUGAUGGUUCGGGUCCAGUCGAAGAAUCUAGCUCAGUUCCAUCUGAAGCAGAUGCAGAUGCAAAUGCAAUGGUAGUUCAAUGAUAUAAUUCAGGUGCUCUUCAAAUUAUAUACUAAUUUAAAACUCACAGGCAGAGUUACAGUUAGUGACAGUGUAGAAUCAUAUCUUCACAUGUUGUAACUUGUUAGGAUUAAAGAUGAGAUGCAAGAAUGAAUGUUUGUAAAUUUAAAUUAGGCCUUUUGGUAUUCUGUUUUAUGUUUGGUUAAGUCAUUGUUCAGAAAUGAUUUAGAUUUGAUUUUGGUAUCCAAAUCUGCAUUUACAUUACUAAUGUGU